CAUCGCGUCGCGGACCGCCGUCAAAUCAAAGCUCCACGCCUCGGCAAAACCCCGACCCCCUUCCUACGCUUCGCCUCCCCUCACCCAACCCUGGCCGACCACUCCUCCAUCCUCGCCUUUCCUCAGACCCGCGUCACCACGCUUCCCAACGGCCUCCGCGUCGCCACCGAGUCGAAUCUCGCAUCCGAGACCGCCACCGUCGGGGUCUGGAUCGACGCUGGAUCGAGAUUUGAGACUGAUGAGACCAACGGAACUGCUCACUUCUUGGAGCAUAUGAUAUUCAAGGGGACGGAGACCAGGGAUGUGAGGAAGUUGGAGGAGGAGAUUGAGAACAUGGGUGGGCAUCUGAACGCUUAUACAUCGAGGGAGCAGACGACUUACUAUGCGAGGGUGAUGAAGGGGAAUGUGGGUAAUGCGGUGGAUAUAUUGGCGGAUACACUGCAGAAUUCGAAGUUUGAUGAGGCUUUGAUUAAUAGGGAGAGGAAUGUCAUAUUGAGGGAGAUGGAAGAGGUUGAGGGACAAACCGAAGAGGUUUUAUUUGAUCACUUACAUGCGACUGCAUUCCAGUACACUCCACUCGGAAGAACUAUUCUGGGACCUGCUCAGAACAUCAAGACAAUCACGAGGGAUCACAUUAAGAACUACAUUGCAACACAUUACACAGCUCCUAGAAUGGUUAUUUCGGCUUCAGGUGGAGUUGAUCAUAAUGAACUAGUUGACCAUGUGAAGAAGCUAUUCUCAAAGCUUCCAGCUGAUCCCGCCACUGCUUCUCAAUUGGUUGCAAAGGAACCAGCUACUUUUACUGGUUCUGAGGUCCGGAUAAUUGAUGAUGAUAUUCCACUAGCACAAUUUGCAGUAGCUGUUGCAGGGGCACCCUCGACAGAUCCAGAUUCUAUUGCAUUGAUGGUCAUGCAGUCAAUGCUGGGAUCUUGGAGCAAGAGCACUGCUGGAGGAAAACACAUGGGUUCAGAGCUUGUUCAGAAGGUUGCGAUUAAUGAAAUAGCUGAGAACAUGAUGGCUUUUAAUACCAGCUAUAAAGAUACUGGCCUUUUUGGCGUUUAUGCAGUUGCCAAGCCGGAUUGCUUGGAUGAUCUGUCCUUCGCAAUUAUGAAUGAAAUGAGCAAACUCUGUUAUCGAGUUUCAGAUGCUGAUGUUACUCGUGCCCGGAAUCAGUUGAAGUCAUCUAUACAACUUCACAUUGAUGGUACUAGCGAUGCUGCUGAGGAUAUUGGUCGCCAGCUUCUGACAUAUGGGCGCCGAAUCCCAAUGGCUGAGCUUUUUGCGAGGAUUGAUGCUGUUGAUGCCAGCACUGUGAAACGUGUUGCAAACCGUUUCAUAUUUGAUCAGGAUGUUGCAAUUGCUGCAAUGGGACCAAUUACAAAGCUCCCUGACUACAACUGGUUCAGGCGUCGCACCUAUUUGAACCGCUACUAGUUUCUUUUCUUUUUAUUCCCCUGUUAUAUUUAUCUUCUUUGAUACCCCGUGGAAAAAAUUAUGAUCGAGUUCUUUGAAAUUGCAUCCUGCUACAGGUUGCAGAAAUGCUUACUUUACUGUCAAGAGGCCUUUGAUGAGCUUUUAUUUUUGUUUCGAUUUUAUGCUGUAAAAUUUCAGCUUUGUCAAUAAUAUGUUUUGAAUAAUGCUGUAGAUACUUAUCUACUCAUCAACGUUCGAGUAUCUUCUCGUCGUUGCUUUUUUGCCA